AUGGCAGGCACAAACGCAGACGAAACUAUGUGCGCUGCGAUCACCCGCUUCCGCCGCAAAAUGGCCGCCGCAAACCACCAGUUCCUGCAAGACCGCAUCAACGACAUCAACGCAAAAGGUCUCCUAACCGAAGAGGAGAAGCGCCGCCUGCUCGGCCAGUACCGACACAUAGACCAUCUCCUCCCACAGGACAACACGGCACUAGCUGACCUUGACAUCCCUGCUGUUCUCGACGCCCUGCCGGCCCAUGAACCCGCUGACGGCGUGCUGCUCCCGCCCCUGCUGCACACGGAGCAGUGGCGGGAGAUGUAUGUUGAUACCGUUCAGCGGGUGUGCCAGCGGCAGGCGGAUGCGAUUGUUCUUGAAGACGACGACGAAGAUGAUGAUGAUGACGAGGAGGAUGAGUUUGAGCCUGUGACUAUCCCGCGGUGUGACGAACUAGGCCUGUUCCUAAAGUAUGCGCAGGGGGUGAUGGACGUUGACUUCCGGCACUCGGGGAUUGCGCCGUUUACGCCGGCUUGGUCGACUGGAGUCAAAGACGAGGAACUGGAGGGACUGGAUGACGACCAGAGACGCGAGAAGUUGGCAGACCUCGAACUACUGAAGCGCGAACAGGAGCGCUUGCAGCGGGAGUUGGAAGACGAAUUAUCGAAUAAGCUGCUGGAGGCGUAUAUUGACGAGGACCUAGACGUCCGGGCGGGGUUCAUCACCGGCGUUGGAUUUAACCAGCUAUACGCGUGCCCGUCGUGGUAUAGUGCGUAUGUGUACUGCCGGCUGUGCACGGAUGUUGCUGCUGCUGAUGCUGAUGCUGCCAACAUCCGGGACUGGGGCUGGCGGGUGGUUGUUUUCCAGGCCGAGGUGGUCAACCCGAGCGUUCUGUACGGCCGCAAGGCGCGCUUUGAUUCGAUUCCGGAAUUCUUGGAUUGGUACGCCAGCUGGCUGGACCAUCUCGAUGAACGGGGGUUGCGUUCUCUGCGGCGCCACGCUGUAGGCUGUGAGACGGAUUGCGAGUCGGACUGUGAGGAUCAUGCUACGGGGGUCUAUGCAGAGAGGUUCUAG